CGCCAGAAUGGAAACGCUCCUCGGUGCGCUCACUGGCACACCUCCCUCUCCUCCUCCUCCUCCUCAUCUUCUUCUUCUUCUUAAUUGCGCAUCUGCACUCCGGCUACGCCACAGUGGGAGUCACGACCAAGAACGUUUGAACUAUAUUUAGAGAAUAAAAAAAGUGAGGAUGAUGAUGAUGAUGAUGAUGAUGGUGAUGGUGAUGAUGAUGAUGAUGAUGAUGAUGAGCCCUCUGUGUCUGUGGACCAAGAAAAUGAUGGAUUGAACUUUAAAAAUGUUCAAGGAGGAUUUGGAUUCAGUUCUUCUCGGCUUGUGGAAUAUGAUGCAGGGAGGUUUUCAGCGGGGCCGAUGCUGAUUAAUGAAACCAUGACACAUGUUCUGCUUCUGACAGAGGUGAUGCUUUGCGUGUGAAGCUGCUCCAAACUCCAACGCUCAGAGCCCCCAAAAACAGGAAUCAAGAGGACUCCGCUUCCCGUUUUUGACAGGCUGUUGACAAUGACCAAAGACAUCCAUACAAUGAUGAAAUAAAAAAGAUUUCUCACGCACACAUCUCCGGCCGAUUGGAAAUAAAUUGCACCGACUGCCAUCCAAGUGCGUCAGACCUGAGCGGACCGCCGUUACGCAUGGAGACAGCUCGGGACUGAGAGGAUUUUCUUUACCUGUUCACACUUCAUUUUAUGAUUUUAACUCUGACAAAAGAGGAAAAAAAAGUUGUUCUACUCCUCCUCAAACAGAAAAUGAGUAGCUGUCUUUUCCGACUGGCACUCCUCGUGGCUUGCGUCCUCUCCAUCCGCUGCACCGCUGCGCCCGGGACCGAGGCGGAGGCGCACACGGCGCCCAGGGAUACCUGCGCGUCCUGCGGCAUCGCUCAGCCGGAGGACCCCGAGUCGGGCCGGCUGAACGUGGACUUCCUAGAGGCGGUAAAGAGGCACAUCCUGAGCAGGCUACAGAUGCGGGAGAGGCCCAACAUCACGCACCCGGUCCCGAAGGCGGCCAUGGUGACGGCGCUGCGGAAGCUCCACGCCGGGAAGCUGCGGGAGGACGGGAGGGUGGAGAUCCCCAACCUGGACGGGCACCCGAUGAGCAACGAGGUGCUGGAGGAGAGCUCGGAGAUCAUCAGCUUUGCGGAGAAAGAUGACAUGGUGACAUCUAAGUCCAGCCUGUUCUUCCUGAUCUCCAGUGAGGGGAACCAGAACCUGUACGUGACGCAGGCCACCCUCUGGCUCUACUUCAAGCUGCUCCCAUCUCCUGCUGAGGUGCGUCCAAGGCGGAAGGUGACGGUGAAGGUGUACUACCAGGAGCCUGGCCUUGGCAGCAAGUGGAAUCUGGUGGAGAAACGGGUGGAGCUGAAGCGCAGCGGCUGGCACACCUUCGUGCUGACUGAUGCUGUCCGGUUGGUGUUCGAGAAGGGCGACCGGCGGCAGAACCUGGACGUGCGCUGCGAAGGCUGUGAGGCGGACAGCGUCAUACCCAUCCUGCUCAACCACAAUGACGAGUCCCACCGGCCCUUCCUGGUGGUGCAAGCGCGGCAAGCUGACAACAAACACCGCAUCCGUAAGAGGGGGCUGGAGUGCGAUGACAACAGCAACUUGUGCUGCCGCCGGCAAUUCUACAUAGACUUCCGGCUCAUCGGCUGGAACGACUGGAUCAUUGCGCCGUCAGGCUACUUUGGGAACUACUGCGAGGGGAACUGUCCGGCCUACAUGGCAGGCGUCCCUGGUUCGGCCUCAUCCUUUCACACAGCUGUGGUGAACCAGUACCGCAUGCGGGGGAUGAGUCCGGGCUCCAUGAACUCCUGCUGCAUUCCCACCAAGCUCAGCACCAUGUCCAUGCUCUACUUUGACAACGAGUACAACAUUGUCAAGCGGGACGUUCCCAACAUGAUAGUGGAGGAGUGUGGCUGUGCUUGAGUAUCUUUUAUUCGUGUUUAUUUAAGGUGGAACUGAAGAACUUAACUGUAAACAGAUUCACAAUAUUACAACAAAAAUUGAAUAUAAAAACAGAAUAUUUAUGGACGAUGGAAAAAUCAUGUGCACACACAACCUCAUCCACACAUAUCUAAACACCCUCAUGUAUGCCUGCACAAAACUUGUAUAUAUAUUUAUGUUUGUUUACAUAUUUUGUUAUAUUCUCUGAUGGAAGACUGUUUCUGUCUAGAAAUGAUUCAGUCUCCUUCAAAGGGACGUGAAGAGUUCGCUUCCAAGUCUUUAAGUCUUAAGUCUUUAAGUCUUUAAGUAUCGACUUUGGAAAACAAUCAAUAUCUGAAGUUCUUCAUUAAAUCUCUCUAGGAUAGUGAGGAUCUGGUUUGAUAAAGUGUUCAAGACUCACAUUACUUACUAGCCUUUACAAAGCAGCAUCAUUUGAUGUAAUUUUCUGCUAUCAGUCACGUUGUUAGAGUGCGUGUCACUUGUCUAGAAGUGGGCAUCUUGUUUUGGAACGACACUCUUCAUGUGUAGAAAAUAAAUCAAACCUUGAACGUGAAAAAAAACCGUCUCCGGAGGAGGUGUAGGGAGCCUUACAUGAGUCACAAAGAAAGUCGGGGUGAUUCAACUAUGCCUCCUUCAAAAACAGUGUGUGCAACACAUGGGACAAGCACCGACAAUGUCUUCACACCAGUCAAGCUUCACCAACGUACAGCACUUCUGGCCACAUUUUCACUCUGUCUUAGACACACUUUGUUCCACGACAAAACUGGCUUCAAGCAGGUACGAACGUUUGGAUGCAUUCCAAAAUGGAUGGAAAUAGAUAAACAUAAUCUGUAGAGACUUGCAACAAGGAUUCUGUUACACCGACACCGUCACCAAACCACAAAUUAAUCCUCCAGACCGGCAACUAAAGGUGGACUUGCCAACGUGAAGUGUCACACCUGAAAUUCAGAGAAAUUAAAACUGUUUGGAGGGUGUGUCUCUGAACGUCAUUCACAUCCUUUCACAUCUGUGGAUUAUUCUCUUUCCAUUAUCUUCAUUGUUGAGGGAAAACUGAAAGUUUGAAAGCUGCCCACCACAAGAUAGAAGUGAGGAGGUUGAUUUGGGGUUUGGGGGAACAGUCUACCAAAAUUUUACACCUAUAGCAAUCUUUACGUGUAAGUUAUAUAGUCAGCUAACAACACAAACCAUUUCCCGCUCUGCCCAGUCCAGUUCGUGUCCAAUCUCAAAGGGACUACUAAAUGUGACAUACCAUCCACGGUUUCAGUCAUUUCUACAAAGCAGAUUUACUUGUCCCACAGCGGACCAAACUUCCACCCUUCCUCCCUGGUCUUGGUAUAAUUAAAGUUAAAAAGAAUCGUCUUUUUUUCCAUUGACUAUGCCACCUUUCACUCACAGUACGGUUUGAACAAAAUCUCUUUUAUAGUGUGUGACCAGCACAUGAAGCCGGUGGAAUGAAUAUCAGCAAUGACCUUACACGUAUCCGUCUUUGUUAACAUUUGGAUAUUGCAAACCGUACCUUCCUUCAGCUUCCGUCAGCUUCUCCUUGAAGGGGAAGGGUUCGAUUCCUUAGAGUUGAUCAAAUCAAAAAAUAUUUAACGCAUUUCUCAUUUCAGUCAGUGAAAGUGAAAAGUUGCCAUAUUGCUCAGUUUAGUGAUGGUGCAGCUCCGCACUUCCCGACGCACACUUUGAUAGCACUUGCAGAUUGAAAUGCCUUUAAUGAGCCCUAUGUGGCGCACCACUGCCCACAGUCCUUCUAAAAGAAAUAAGUGCCGCAUGAGCUAUGCAAUGUAUAGUAUUUACCCAUUUAGCAGACAAGCUGAACUUAAGCUCUAGUGACAAACUAUCACCAAUACUUGAAGUAUAAGUGUGGCAAGCAGGGACAGGUUGGGCUUCAGCUGGGAGGCGGGAGGAGGCAGACAGUUUCCCAAAAAAAAUGCUGAUGGAAUGGUGAAGUCUUGUGCUGAUAAAAAUACAUUUAUUUGACUUGAUCUUGCUCCACUCAUAAAUAAAUACAAAUUUGAAAAACCCAGUAUGUCAACAAGUCCAACCACAAGUGAUGACAUUUCUGAAAUUCUCUCGUUUUUGGCUGGUGGCUAAAUUACAUUUAUAUACUACCAAAUGGCUUUGACAAAUACGUUCUGGAGGAAAAACAUAAUUGUCGCUGUUUUUUCCUUUGUUGGACUGGACAGAGUUCGUAGGGAGGUUGUUGGGGUGGACGGUGGGCGACAAAGCAGGACAUUGAGAAGGUUUCCGUGUUGCGUGUGGUCAGGUUUACUCCACAAAAACUGGCUAGAUGGAAGGGUUUUUACAUAAUUUUUGAAAUAUUAAAAACAGCAGUCAGUCUAGGAUGUACUUCUCUUUAUUCUGUCAAAGUUUUGCUUCCAUUAUGUCAUCAUUAAAUGUGACGUGUGAAAUAUAAAAAGAAGCUAACUGGGGGUUAAAUUUGACCCAAAUGUGAUGCAUGAAUAGUGAUUUUAGAGUUUAAAUGAAUGUGUCCCGGUGGAGUUCCCGUCAUGGCACCGUAACACACUUUGAGACACAGUUUCGGGCCAGAGUCACUUUGACAUCACUUUGAGAUUUUCAGGUUAAACGUUUCAGCGACCUGUUAUUUCACUAGUCUGUUAUAUUCUGGUCUCAUUCAUAGGCUUCACCACUACCACGUAUACAUUUAAGAGAAAUACCUGACGUCCAGAUACUGUUUAUUAUCUCGCCUUUUCCCGCCUCCUGUCCGACGUUCGACCUCGACCUUGCUUGCCACUGUAACCUUUCGCUUAUUCUUCAAAGCGAAUGGUUGUUAGAAUAUUUGCACUGAGGACUUGCGUGACUAGUAAUAAGAAAAAUAAAAUAAACAGAAACUGCCAUUGAAUAAAAAAAGUUAUUUUUAUAGAAGCAAAAUUGAGCUCUGUUCAAAUGUAUUAUACCUAAUCAUGGAACCAAAGAGGCCAAGAGGUUUAGCUAUUGAAAGAUGGCAAUGCCGUCAUGUUUUUGUUGUUGUAAAUUACUUUGUGACAGUUAAAAGAGGCCUAAACACUGUAUCAGGGUAUAAUAUCAGUCCAUAAUCAGCUUAAUCUCUUUUCUAUUUUGUACCUAGACAUGGAAUAUUUCAUAUUUUUUCAUCAAAUUACUUAAAUAUUCCUAGUUUUCUUUCUUCUUUUUGUUAGCGCUUGUUCCAGAAUCAUUUAGAGUAAAGCACACGCCAUCUGAUCCCUGUACAGUCGAUGUAACAUAUGAAUAUGCUUUUGAAAUAUUUUGUUCUUUGUUAUUGUUGAAAAA